AUGGUCGACAGCAGUGGAACAACAUCUAAUCUCGUAAACCGCGGGGAAUGGGAGAAUUUCGAGGAAGAAAAUGGACAAGUUAGUGAUCAUUGUGCUGAGAUUUCCGCUGGUCUCAAAGCGGCAAGCAAAUUUACUGAACACAAUGACUCAAUUAGUGAGCAAAAAUCUUUUCAUUUACAGAGAGAGUCGUCUCUUCAUAGGGAGAAUGGAGUCGCAGGGACUGAAUUUAAGGAGAAUUUAGACGAGGGAUCCGGGAAUUUUAAAGGAUCACCAGGCGCGAUAAGUAAUCGUGGGCAAUUUAAUGACGAAAGUGUUGAUGCGGGGAAUUCAAGAGAAACAGACACUGAUCGAAAAAACGAUACGGCUGUGAAUGAUCGUAAAUCUGCUUCACCACCGAAUACAGGUACUCAAAACGCUUCUAGCCAGCCAAGCAAUUUAUACAAAGAGAAGACAGAUGGCGCGGGACUCGAACUGAAUGGUGAGAAUUCGAAUUUGCAUUCAAGCAAGGCCGCAGCUGCCAGCAGCGAAUCCAAGGAGAUUGCCGACAAUAAGAUUACUGUUUCUUCGUCAGCGUGGACUAAAUUUGAGGAGAGCCAAGAUAAUAAUUUAUCGUCGAAAGAUGAGGCUGUAAAAGGCGAAAAAACGGAGCAUUUGGUAAAAACAAAGGAUGAAAAUCACACACACUUGCCCUUGAAAUCGGCCACCUCGAAUAUGGCGGCUUUUGAUUCGCGAAAAGCCACAGCAACCACAAAUAUUACCCCCAAUAAUACGUCUGUAACUGAGGUUAAAACGAACUCUUCGUCUACCAAGCAAGCAACAAUCGCUUCCAAGGCCUCAAACGCCGAGAAUGGUAUGAAAUCAGCUGUUCCUAUUGUUGAAAACAACAGCGCCCAUGCAAAUUUAUCAUCGAUCCCACACCAACAAUCUCGUGAAACCGCGAAUCAAGGCAAAGUUGAUCUGGGCAAAAACUGGGUUAGUUUUGGCGAGGAUGGAAGUUCAAAAGACAGUCAACAACAACCGCAUUCGAGCGUUUCAGCGGCGGAGAACGGAGUUGGCGGCUUAGCAACAUUGAGGCGUGAUCCGCUUGGCAACGACUUUAAAUCGCCACAAGUUACAGAGCUGGAGGUUGAUACAACCGAAAAAAAAUCUACCUCUGUCAUGCCUCCUGUGUCGUUUACUGUGGCUGAACUAGAUCUUCUCGCUAGUAAGUCUUGGAUGAAAUUUGGCGAUUCGUCCAAAAGUGCUGACAAUCAAAUGCAACAGUGUUCUUCCAGUUCAGCUGUCAAUUCACAAUCUUGGGUGACAUUUGGUGAUUCUACCACCCAAGUUGAACAGCGUUUGGAAUUGUUAGAGCUGGAUGUAAGCGGUAAUCAAACAAAAGUUAGUCAUGUGCCUAGCCCAAAUCCAUUUAUCAAUGCCUUGCCUUCAUCAGGUAGCAAUCCGUUUCAGCCAGCUACUACUAAUCCAUUUCAAGCUGACAAUGGACCGGCAGCUGUCUCGAGUCCUGACCCUACACUAAACCUCGUCCCUGUUCCCGGCAUGGAGAGUAUGGCCAUGGCAGCACCUGGGCCUGUAGUCAACAAUUCAACGGUAGUGCUUUCAGCAGACAAGAACUCUGACUUUGUUGCUGUUCAAGACCAAGUUGAUGGCAAAGCCAUUGUUGCACAUGGCCAUAAACAGAAGCCUACAAAGAAAACUGAGGAACCAUUUCUUGAAGAAAAGCUUGUAACGAGUGGUUCAUGGUCAAUGCUUCUUCGCUUUCCUGACAAGAAGCGUAAGUUUGGUUCCCGUGAAUGGAAACCGGUGGUUAUCAAGCUAGAGGGAAUGACACUACAAAUUUUUGAGGAGUAUGAAUUGUCAGCACCCUUUAGAGAAAUUCCUCUUCAAGCUUAUUUUGUGUUUACCGAACCAAAAUUACAAUCAUUUGAACAUGGGGCUAAAGUUCAUACUAUGAAGUUAGAAUAUAUCAAGUAUACUGAGACGAGAAGUCUGCGCCAUCGCGGGACUGUUGAACAUAUAGCACAGGGUACCCCAAUCAUUAAGAUCGCAUCUCCAUGUCAUGUAGUUAUUAGAGAACUUCUUGAGUCCUUUAACAACUCGCUUCGCCUUCUUCCAUCAUAUAGAGACAGGGGUAUAACAUACCGUCAUGAUGAGGUCUUUGUUGAUAUUGAUGAUGUAGCUAAUAUCAUUUUGUCUGGAGAUGGCACCAUACUAAGGAAAAGUGCAAAAGUGCUCAUUAAGUUGCGAGCUUUUCUCACUGGAGAUCCUGAAUGCCAGUUAGUGCUUAACGACAUUGUUGUUAGAGAAAGAGAAGAAGCUCGUUUACGAGGCGAGUUGAAACCGCAGCGGGUGCAUCACUGGGUGAAAUUACGCUGUUGUGAUUUUCAUAAAUGUGUUAAUGCCGCAGCAUUUGAGCAAUCACAUGCUAUAACAUUCCACCCAUUAGACGCAUGUACCUUUGAACUUAUGCGAUUUCCAGUGGACCAUCACAAGCCACUUCCCCUUCUGGUGAAAACUAUCUUGAAAAUUCAAAGUGAGCAGAAAGUCGAGCUUAAGGCUGAAAUUCAGGUUUGCCAGGAAACAAAGAUGGCAAAAUAUGUCAGAAACAAUGUGGUGUUUAGAUUUCCUAUUCCAGAGUCCUGGGUACCACUUUUCAGAACAGGCAAGGUAUUCAGGGGGGAGAAAUCUAUCAAGUCAAGCAAGGGUCCACGUGCUGCAGGGAUUAAAAGCCGUCUUAAGCAUUCCAAGUGUUCCAUUGCUGUUUCUCUCGGGAGAGCGAUGUACGAACCAGAGUAUGGCUCAAUCGUUUGGCGGAUUGAUCAUUUGCCAUUUAUUCACAGCAAAAUUCCUGCUGAUGCACCACACACCCUGUCAGUUGUCUUAGAUCUACCCCCAGGAAUGGAUUUUCCUGAAAACUACAAGCCCAUGGCUGAGCUAGAGUACGACGUCUCUUAUGUAUUGGCGUCUGAUACCAACGUGAUUGCCGUCAAAGUGUCCAAUCAGAAUAUUCCAGACAAGUGGGUUUGCUACCGUGCCUUAUAUCACUAUGACGUCAACAUUGACAUCUCUAGACCUUCAACUGGUCCAGUGCGAGAUGUUGGCUGUACCCAGCAAUAAAAUUUGCCACUAAGUUGUUCUCCCCAAAAGGUAUGUCGCAAUACACUUCCCCUAGUAUACUUGUAAGUCUUUCACUUCUCUUUUCUCAUCAAAUCAAAACUGUAACCACCUGAAAAUUGUUGAUUGUUGGAAUGUUGAUUUUGUAAUGUCCAAUCACAAUAAAAAUAAUUUAGGACAUACGGGUAACAAAACCACAAAACCACAAACUUAUUACCAUUGCAUACCGUAUUGGCUUUUUCCCAGCAACACAAUAACAUUCCACAAUUAUUUCUGGUGUUCAUGGUUUUGUGAUUUUUACAGCAAAAGCCAGAAUUAAUUAUUUCUGAAAUACUGAACCACAAAAAGUUUAAUAGGGAAGCACAUGUACUGAUGGAGAGGUUUUACUUGAGUAGAUUCUCCAUCUUAAUGAUAGGUUAUCUGUUACACAUUCGAUGUGUGGUUCCAGAAAAUAUUAGAUAAUAUCAGAGGGUCAGCAGGGCAUGUCAACAGUGCUAGCCUGGGGCUAAGAGAGCUGCCUGUCUGGCUGGCAUGUACAUGUAUAUAUUAUAAGUUGUCUGAUGGCCUUGUACCUGCCAUUUACUUGAGACUUAAGUUUCUCCAGGUGUGACAUUUAAUAUUAUGAUAUAGCAAGUAGGGUUUUUUUGUUUUUGACAGGUCUCUAUCUUCCCUUUAUAGUUUCAGUUUACAAUACCUUAAAUACGUGUUUUAAUUUAUAAUCUUUAUUGCGCAUAUUCUAUAAAAAUAAUCAAAUGUCUGAAGGGCUUUUUCACAACUUCCAUUUUAGUUGAGCAUUUCAAUCAGGCAAAGGGUGCACAAAAUAUGUCCGUAUCUGUCUCUAAAUAUACAAUGUAAUGCCAAAGUCUCCUUUUGUUUAGUAAGGAUGUGGAAGGAAAAUCUAGUAGUUUAUCUUUUGAGGCCUUUUUCAAGGCACUCCUUCAUUACAUUAUUGACCCAGCCUCUGUUGUUCAAAAGAUGGUCAGUGUAAUGCUAUCCACCGGAUAAAUCUCUAUCCCUUAUCUGCUGGACAGAUAUUUAUCUGGCCUUGAUCGGUUGUUCAAAGGUUGGAUAGCGCUAUCCACCGGGUAAAUCACUGUCUUGUGGAUGGUGCAAUAAGUUUCCUUGCUAAUAAUUAUCCACUGGAUAGUAAUGUAUUGAACAAGUGGGGCCUUUUUUGGGAUAGUAAAUAAGAUCCAGUUCAGCUCUGUACUUGACUCUUCUUUCCAGGUUUCUUACAGCUGCAAAAUUUGCGAUUUUCAGCAUGUUUCUGAACAAAAAGCCAAUGUUAGCAAAUUUUGCGAUUUCUCCAAUUUUUCACAAAUUUUUUGCAGCUGCAUGCAAACUUGGACUUAUCUCGCUGUUGACACAUAUUUUCUCUUUGUUUAGGUCAAACUAUCAUAAAGGUGACUGGAUUUGUGGUGAGAAGCUCAAUUUUUCUCAUCACCCCAGCAGCAUGUCUUCUAACAUUAUCAUCUUACAUGAAAAAUAAACAAAUGGACUGGUAAUAUCCCACUGAAUAAUAAUCAUCCUUAUUCAAAAUAUCUGUACAUUAUAAUUUUUUCACAAGUCAACAUGGCAGAGUGGUGAGAGCGUUGGACUUGCAAUCGAGUGGUCCUGGUUUCAAAGUCCUGCCCAGACUAACAGCUUGCUGGAUUUGUCUGUCAGUCAUCCUAAGUUUAAAUCCUCAGUCAUACUUGUAAAGUUAUAGUCAACUGGUUGCUUCCUGCCAGCUGGCCUUUUAAUCCUGUUUUGUUGUAUGUAUUUUUUGUAUUAUGUGCGUCAAAUUUUUUCAGUGGAGUGCCUGUAAGCUAGCAAGGGCAGCUGAAUGCACUUCUCUAUAAGAGAAGCAUUUUACAUCAUUUUUAACUAUUUAAAUUCCUCUGUUUUGCCAUGUUGUUACUUUUAUUCCCCAUGUUUUAAAGCAUACAGAUUAGGAAAUUAUUUUUACUUUGAAUGCCUAGAAUACAUUUCCAUGAAUCAUCUACAUGUACUUUGACAUUUUGUCACAUGAUUCAUAGCAUAAAUCGCGUCACAAAAUGUCCAACUCCAUCACUUGAUAAAGAGUAUGUGAUGGAAUUUUUAAAAAAAAACUUUUCCAUGGUAAAAAGUUUUCUGUCCUCAGAUUUGAAACCUCAUUUACUUGACAUUCAAGUGACAUUUCUUUUAUGAAUAGUUAAGCUACACAUUUUGGUUUAUAUUGAAAUAUAGUAUUCAGCCACAAACUCCCUUACAUAAAGCCGUACAUAGCAUUUACAGAAGAGAUGUUCUGGACAGGACCUCUUUGCCCUAAACAGGGUGGAUCAUUGUUAUGAGAGUCUUUCCUAAACAGUUUCAACCAAUCUUAGACAGGGCAGAAAUGAAUUUCAAGAGACAGUACUUUGUCUGGCAUAUUGUUGAACAUUUCCAGUAAUAUCUGAAAAAAUAGAUACUGAAAUAAUUAUCCUGCUGGAGUAGCAACUACAGCAGAGUUUUUCCUUGGUAUUAAAGUGACUGGCCAACUAAAACAGAAUAAAAAUAAUUACUGAAUUACUUCUACUUGGUCAGAAUACAGAAAGCUAUUAGUUGUUUUGAAUUUUAGUGAUUGUCUAACCAUGGAAAGUUUGGCUGCUCUACAAAAAUUCCCUCGUCUACAACUAAAGUCAGAAUUAAAGUACCAUAUGUGGUAACAAACCCAAGCCAGUGAUCAACAGCUAAGUUUUGUCCCUUUGUGUGAGUAUCACAGUAUCAGAACUAGAGCAAGAAAAGAAAUGGUUUAAUUUGAAAAUAUUUUAUUAAAAUGUCAAAAUGAAUUUGAUGAAACUUAGCAAGAGGUGGUGUAAUGGGGGAGGAUGGCUUUCUCUGGCUGCCUUGAAGUAUUUCAGUCCUCCUCCUUGUUAAAAAGGAAUGGAAAUAUUAUUUCGCCAUUCUUUACAUCUGAGGAAGAGCCUGCCACCGAUUUGCUUCUAAAUUAGAUAAUGAUAAUAACAAUUUUAAUUAUCUGUAAUAUUAAUUUGUAACUAGAAUAUUAAUUAGAAAAUUAAUUUAAGUGGUAAAAUAUAGUAUUAAAUUUUUAGUGAGAAUAUUAUGCUCUUAAAUUAAUUAUGAAAUAUAAGUAAGGAAAUAUUAAUUUAUUGUAAUGCAACUGGUAAGCACACUGUUAGAAACAUAUAUAAAAAUGAAAAACGCUUUAAGCAAUGUAGAGACAAUAAGCCAACGUGAGAGUCAAACCAAAAACAAAAAAUGCAAAAAUCACAAAAUUUAGUUUUGCUCAUUUGCACUGCAUCAUACAGGGAAUGAUGUGGAGAAUUUGGUUGAAACUUAAAGGGUUUUUAACAUUUUUAGUGGCUUGUCAGUGUGUAAGUUAGUACACAGCAAAGUUUAGUAUUCAAUGCCAUGUUUGUGACUAGGUUAGGUUAAUACUGAUCAGUUUUGGAAAGUUGUAUGUGAUAUUAUUACUGGUGUGUUUUAGUUUUUAAAGAAGAACUGUGUUGUAGAGUAGGAAACUAUUCCAACUGAACAUUUAGUAGUAAUACAAAAUAUUAUUAAAUAUAAUAAUUGGUACAUCAUAUGAUUAUUAUGCUUUUUUCUGAAAAUGCAUAAUUAUAUGAUGUUAAAACUGAGGAAGUAUUUUAGUUGGCAUCAUGUUAGUUGCUAAACAACCUGAUGUGAAGGGCAUCUUUCAGGUAUUUGAAUUUAAAUGGAAAGAUAGUCUAGACGCUUAUAAUCGGUCAGGUGUCUUAUUGAUACCAAUUAUGUUGUUCUGGCACUGAUACUCCCACACGUAAUGUAACAGUAUAUUAACCUUAUGUAUGGAAACUCAAUCUCGUGAAUGUGUAUAUUAUGAGUGCAAAGUGAUGUAAUCUUUAGAUCGUUUCAUUAUAAAUGUAUCUCGCAGAAUGUCCUUU